AUGGAAACACCAAUCAUUGAGGGUUCAUGCCGAGAGCGCGAUAUCUCUUACAAGUUUAUCACCGAGCACACAGAAUUAAGCGAACUUGAGGCAGGCAUUCCUUAUAGAGAAUUUUUUUUCCACAGCAAGGCAAGGGACAAGGAAUUAGAAUUCCGAGUAUUGAAACGAAUCACAGAAACUCGAAAACACGCUGAAUGCCUUGUUGAAAAUUCUGCCAUGACUUGCUCUAUGAACCGCUACGCCGACAUCCUUCCAUACAAAGACACAUUAGUCCACAUCCCGGGGUACUCUUAUAUCAAUGCAAAUUUCGUGGACGGUGCGUGUGCUGGCUCAGAGCAAUUGAUUAUUGCGACCCAAGGCCCUCUUCGUCGGACAAUGGAAGCUUUCUGGGCCAUGGUCUGAGAAUAUGAGGUUUCCCUCGUAAUCAUGAUGUGCAAUUUAUUAGAAGAAGGAGUCGUAAAAUGUGAGGAAUAUUUUCCAAGCGAAAAUAAUAUUUCCUGCGAUGUCUUUGAGAUAUCAUUAGUGAAAAGCACAAUAAAAUACCCAAAUUUAACUGAAAGAGUAUUUAUUAUAACACAUACGCCGACACAAGAAAAUAGGAUUAUCACGCAUUUGCAAAGCACAGCUUGACCUGACCAAGGAGUCCCUCCGCUUUCUGAGGAAUUUAGCUCGAUAAAUUAUAUGAUUUCUAUGAUUAAGAAAAAGUGACUGGCAAAUAGAUCGAAAGUUCUUGUGCAUUGCUCAGCUGGAAUAGGAAGAACUGGAGUAUUGAUAGGAAUUUUUAAUGUUGUCACUGCGUUAGAAGAGCUAUUGGAAAAAGAAGCUGAAGAUGAAACCACAGAACCAAGAGUUUCUAUUUUUGGGGUUGUGAGAAGAUUGAGAGAGCAGAGGUGGGGAAUGGUGGCGACUGUUAAGCAGUAUAAAUUUAUUUAUAAAUUCAUGGAGUAUUGAAUUACUUCAUUUCUGUCGCACCAGCAGCAAAUUGGACAAUAA